AUGGAUGGUGCUGCUUACAAUGAAGCAGAGAUUCAAUUUCUAGCUUUAUUGAUGUCGCAGAAAAGUCAACCUAUUCCGUCAACUGUCGAGAGAGCAGAUACGACAACAAGCACUGUGUGGAAGCAUCUUGAUUUAUCAUCUGUAUUAGAUCCUGUGAUUUCCACUGUUAACUACAUAAGAUCUCAUGGACUCAAACAUCGCCAAUUUCGUGAUUUCUUGGAGGAAAUGAAUGCUGAGUUUCCAGACCUACCUUACUAUACUUCAGUGUUGCUCAAAGACAGUGAAUGGCUCUGGAAAUUAGCAUUUUCAGCCGAUUUAACUAUGCAUCUCAAUGAUUUCAACCUACGGAUACAAGGUGAAACUUCACUCAUCUGUGAUUUGUACUCAAAGGUGAAAGCUUUUCGUAAGAAAUUAAUACUAUUUGAAAGUCAGUUAACAAGAAGCUGCUUUACUCAUUUUUCACGAUGUGACAAAUAUAGACAGGAAGCUGCCACUCCAUUUCCAAACUUGUUUGCUCAAGAUGUCAUUUUAGCUUUGAAACAACAGUUUGAAGAACGUUUUUCUGAUCUUGAUGCAUGUUCUUCAAAACUAAGAAUUUUUGAAAAUCCAUUUAACUCUGUUAUUGGAGACUUACCUUCUUAUGAGUUACAAAUGGAAGUUAUUGAUUUGCAAUCCAAUGACAUCCUGAAGGACAAAUAUAAAGAGGGAAAUUUGAUUGAAUUCUACAAAUGCCUUCCAUCCGACCAAUUUCUUCAUUUAAGGAGGUUUGCCUGUCAACAAAUACAGAAUUCAAUGAGUGAAGAUUCGCUUGAAAAAACAUCAGUUGAAUUGAGUUUAGAAAAUGGGGAAUACGAGCUGCAAUACGCAUUUAAGAAACUCAAGGAAUUAAAAUAUGACGCUGUUAGUUUCACAGAACUAAAACAUUUCGAAACUAGAGAAACAGAAUGUUGCAAUAAUCCAGAUAAAGCAAAAUAA